UUGCCACCUGUCUUGUAUGAAGAUUAUAUUUGCUGUUUUGCAGUCAGGAAAAUUUGGGAAGCUCAAUAAACCUAUCCAGUUUCCUGAAAUACUUGACUUGGCACCUUUUAUAAGUGGGACUAGUGAUUUGGCUAUAUACAGGCUAUAUGGGGUAGUUGUUCACCUGGAUACUAUGAAUACUACUUUUUCGGGUCACUAUGUAUGCUAUGUGAAGAAUUUUCAAAGCAGGUGGUUCAAGGUCGAUGAUAGCGUGGUGACAUCUGUUGAAUUGGAAAGCGUCUUGGCAAAAGGAGCAUACAUGCUUUUCUAUGCAAGGUGCUCACCUAGGGCCCCUAGAUUAAUCAGGAACAGUAUAGUAUCUUCAGAUUUAAAAUGGAAACUCAAUGGAAAAACUGCCGUAGUGAAGGGACGACUAUCUACUGUUUCCGGUGCUGGAGUUAAUUUGACUUCUGUAGAUGGUUCACCUUCCUUUGAUGCUAUCUAUUCAAAGUUUCUCCGCCAGAGAAGGAUUUUGGAAGAAGAUUCAUCAAGUGAUAAUUCAUCCCUUAUAAGCAGCAAUUCUGACGAAGGUUCUUGCAGUACAGAUAGCACGAGUGAUUCAACCAGUACGGAUGACUUUGCUGAUUAUAUUUUUGGUGAUUUGGGACGCGGCUCAGGCGGCACGUUUAGAAAUUCAGACUCAAAGAUUUCCCCUUCAUUGUCGUCUUCUCCCCACUCUAGAUAUUUUCCCUCUUGUGAUAUUUGACCCACAUGAUUCAGUUUUGCUGCAUUCAACUGGGUUCCAACCACCUCCCCCAAGUUCAAAGGUGGAGAUAGAUGGUGUUUUGUACAGGAACAGGCUUGGUAGAUAGUUAAAGGAAUGGUGGAGGUGUUUGCCCUUUUUGAUCCUGACAAUAGAGCAUAGGAAUAGGAAGUUAGAUACAAGUGGUAGGACUAGCGUUAGUUUUAGGGAGACUGACUCUGUACAGGGAGCAGGAUAGAAAUUGUGGUGUAUCAUGCUUGUAUAAAGUCAAGUUAUACAAAGGUUGGGAUGCCCUGAACCGUAACCGUAAAUAAUAAUAUAUUUGUAGGUUAGGCUGCUCUCAUUCUCACCAAGUCCCAAAUCAUUUAAUUGUUUCUACACAUAAAGAUUACUGUCAUAUUUUUCUAUUUCUUCUGUAAAUCAAAAACAUUUGAGAUAUUCAGUAACAAACAAUAUACUGCUUAUGUUUC